ACUGAACAUGGCAGUUUCUUUCAGUUUCCUGUCUUUGUUCCUUCCUCUCUUGCUCUUCCUUCUCUCCCACCUUGCUCUUCCCUCACCUCUACAAGGACCACCCACCCCCAACCCAUCUUGUCCUCCGUCCUUAUGUGGGGAGCUAAACGACGUGGGAUUCCCCUUCUCAAACUUCACCAAUCCUGAAUGUUGGUUCGAUGACAUCAAUUGCCCCGACGACAUGAAACCAACUAUAAAAUUUGAGGAUGGGGGAAGGCCGUACGUUGUAAAAAAGAUCGUGUAUCAUGAAAACAUUAUUGUUAUUCAAGACAAGGGAUUCUACAAUCAUUCGCAGUCCGACUUCUGCAAUUUCCUCUACAAUUUUACAGUGCCCACCUCUCCUUUCCUUUCCUUUCAUCUUAUAAUGACUCCCAACUACACCUUUGUCAAUUGCAAGGGCGAUUAUCAUCCUAUCUUCAAUUAUCCCCAUUGGGAUGUAUAUAAUUACACAGGUUGUGUAGGCCGCAAUGUCUACUAUUGGGAGGAUCUUCCACUUGGCCAUCCAGCACCUAUUCAACAGCAUGAUUGUUUGGUCACUCACUUUCCAUUGUUUCUUUGGUUCCCCGACCCAAAUGAUAAGCUCGACCUCUUUACUAUGUUGGAUUACGGUUUCCGUCUUCAAUGGAAUCUAACCAAAGAAUGCGCUGAAUGUUACAUGAAGAGCGGCCUUUGUCGACACAGUUCUACUGGGAACUUCAUUUGUACAUACCCAACUAAUUCCCAUGGUAGAAAUGGAGGCAUGGAUAAGAAGAAGACCAUUGCCAUUGCCAUUGCCAUAGGUAUCAUACUAUCGCCCUGCCUUCUUUUUUCAAAUCUCUGUCUCUCCCGGGAGGCUAAUUCAUUACAAUCCUUCAUCUUUAACUUUUGACAGAAAAUAUAUCAUACUCAGACUCUGUUUCAACCCAAGUUCUCCCAAAGAAGUUUGCAAACAUCCUAGGCUCCAUCCCACCUGCAAAAUGAAGUAAACAUGCUUAUAAUUCAAAAUGAGAGAACCAACCAUUAUUUGCAAUUCAAUGUCUGAAAUUUCUUUUACAGUUCGACGAUGCCCCCCUCUCCUUUCCUACCCUUUCAUUUUUAAACUCUUAUCCACAACUUUUUCAACUGUGAACACGAUGAUCAGUUCAAUCAUCCAAAUUUUAGUUUGUAUAAUCACACAUAUUGUGAAUGUUGUAGAAAAACACCUGCACAUGAUUGAUAUGGGCAAAGCAAAACUACACAAGGAAAAAAAAAAACAAACAAACAAAAAAAUAAAGGAUCAAACAAAAAACAAGAGAUGCGGUGCAAAGAUUUACGUGGUUUAGAAAUAUGCCUCGUCCAUAGCAUAGUAACAUCAUAAAAGAAAAG